GGGCAAAACUUGUGUCCUAAGGCAAUGGAAAACUACGUCGCGUCAAUGGUGCUGAGCGCAGUUGGUGACACACUGGGCUAUUACAACGGGCAAUGGGAGUUCCUGCAGAGCGGCCCAGCCAUCCACAAGCAGCUGGCGGAGAUGGGGGGACUGGGCAACUUCAGCAUCCAGGGUUGGAAAGUCAGCGAUGAUACAGUGAUGCACUUGGCCACUGCUGAAGCCCUGGUAGCUGCUGGGAAAAAUGCAAGUUUAGCCCAUCUCUAUACCUUAAUUGCAAAGAACUACAAGGAGUGCAUAGAUGACAUGAAGGGCAGAGCUCCAGGUGCCACGUGUAAGGAAAAUGUGUUGAAGCUGGAUCCGGGGCGGCCGGACGGCUGGAGGAUCCCAUUCAGCCCCCGGGCGGGAGGCUGCGGGGCCGCCAUGCGCUCCAUGUGCAUCGGGCUGCGUUUCUGCCACCCCGCUGAGCUGGACACACUGGUGCAAGUCAGCAUCGAGAGUGGCCGAAUGACCCACCACCAUCCCACCGGCUACCUGGGCUCCCUGGCGUCGGCCCUCUUCACGGCUUUUGCGGUGACCGGCGUGCCCCCACUGUCCUGGGGGAGGGGGCUGCUGGAGGUGCUGCCACGGGCGAAAGCCUACGUGCAGGACAGCGGCUUCUUCGUGGAGGAGAACAUGGGGCAAUGGCAUUACUUCCAAGAGCAAUGGGAAGGAUACCUGGCGGAGAGAGGCCUAUCAGACGGAGUCUCGCCACCCACCUUCCCCGCCAAGUAUGGCGUGGAAGAGAGAGACUCGUUCUACACCUCUCUCAGCUACGACGGCUGGGGGGGCAGCAGCGGGCACGACGCCCCCAUGAUCGCUUACGACGCGCUGCUGGGCGCAGGGGGCUCCUGGGCAGAGCUGGCUCACCGGGCUUUCUUCCACGGGGGAGACAGCGACUCCACCGCUGCCAUCGCGGCCUGCUGGUGGGGGGCCAUGCACGGCUUCCGGGGGGUCCCACCCUCCCUCUAUGCCCACCUGGAGUACAGGGACCGCCUGGAGCAGGUGGCCAAGGACUUGUACCGCAUCACCUAG